AGAAUAUCUUAUCGCCAAUAGGCAUGUUUUGGUCAGGGGCCACCGGAUCCCUGAUAGUAAGAACUUGGGCUCUAGAAAUUAGGGACCAAUAGAGAUUAAUAGGGGACCAGUAAAAUCUUUCAGUGAUAAGCUGAUAAAGAGUGUCCCGAGCACUGAUUAGGGUAUCUCCCCUGAUUACAGGCUAGAUCUUACAGGCCGAUAAGCGGAUCGACCCUUAUCAGGAAUGGUUCAAUGGACUCGUUUACCUCUGUACAACGCAUCCUUUUCUGGUGCUCUCUUUGGAUUUUAGUAAGUCAAUUUGCAACCCUGGAGAGAUAUCAUGAGAUAUUCGAAGAUGCGGCCUCGCCCACGGAUUGAAUGUCUCUGUCAGAGACAGAACUCUUUGGUCUUCCUACCCACUGUCCAAUACAAUGGUGGACCGACACAGACUUUCGUUCCAUUCGCGGGCAAAUCUGCCUGGCACGUCGCCGCUCCAGGCACAACUGUGCUCCCUUAUUGAGAAGAAGCAAUCCACCCUAUGUCUCGCUGCCGAUGUUGACACAAGUGCCGAGCUUCUACAAGUAGCUGAAGAGCUCGGCGAUGUCAUUGUUAUCUUGAAAACUCAUGCCGACGCCGUCGAGGACUGGUCCAAGGAAACUGCUGAUGCUCUGCUGGAGAUCAGUAAGAGGAAGGAUUUCUUGAUCUUCGAAGAUCGCAAGUUUGCAGAUAUCGGAAGUACAGUGCAGAAGCAGUACAUUGCAGGGCCCUUCAAGAUUGCGACCUGGGCUCAUCUCACCACCGUCCACAUAUUUCCUGGCCCAGCAAUCGUUCGUGCCCUUGAGGAGGCAGCAAACAAACUCAGAAAUGCGGAAAUGGAAACGACAAACGGUCCGUCCAUGGAGCGAGGUAUCUUGCUGCUGGCGCAAAUGAGCUCCGAGGGAAGCCUGGUCACGGGUGAAUGCACCUCAUCGUGCAUUGAAGCAGCACGAAAACAUCCGGACUUUGUGACCGGACUCAUAGGCCAAUCCAACUUGAGAGGGCCGCAAGAUAACUUCCUGAUAAUGACUCCCGGUGUGCAACUCCCUCCGGACGGACAAACUGAUGAUAGCAAAAUGGGCGACGGCCUUGGGCAACAAUACCGGACCUCGAGGAAGGUUGUGUUGGAGGAAGGAUGUGAUAUAAUCAUUGUUGGCCGGGGGAUAUUGUCUGCCCAAGACAGAGUACAGCAAGCAGAGAAGUAUCGACUCUCAGCCUGGACGGCUUACCAAGAGAGGAUAGCUGAUUGAUCAUUCAAUUUGUCACGGCUAUCUGCGUGAAGAUGAAU